AUGACUAUAAGCAUUGAGUACCAUUCUGUAACGGAAAAUGAACAAGAACAAGCAAUUAAUUUAUGGCAUCAAAUAUUUUCGAAAUAUCCAUCAGAUCAUUAUAAACGUUAUUACUCAGUCGCCGCAAUAUCUUAUGAUCAUGGUGAUACAUUUGAUGGUUGUAAAAUCCAUGUGCUUGCGUUUGUCAUUCGUAUUGCUAUCGAUUCAUAUAAAUACUCUACCUACAUGGGUGCUAGUACUGGUGUUGUCAAAAACAGAAUUCAUUUACCCAAUAAACAAGAUUAUGAAAAAUUAGCUUUUACUUUAUCACAUAUUUUUUCACCCGAAGAAUGUCAAGAAUGGAUUAAAAUGAGUGAAGAAAUAGGUUACUCAAUUGCUCUUCUUAACGUAGGUGGUGACCGUGAAAUAUUUGCUCCAAAAUAUCGUGAUAGUAGUCGCUGUUUGAUCGAUAGUUCAGAACUGGCUCAGAAGUUAUUUCUACGUUUAGAACCAUUUUUACCACGCACUUGGCAAAAUGGUCAAUUUGAAUUGGUUGGACUCAAUGAACGGUUACGUUUUCUACGUUAUGACCCGAGUCAGAAAUUUCUUCCUCAUACAGAUGGUCAAUAUCGACGUCAAGAUGGAUCUGGGGAAGAAAGUUUUCUUACUAUACAACUUUAUCUAAAUGAAGGUUUUCAAGGUGGUGAAACCGCUUUUAUCGCCACUGAUAAUCCAAAGAAUAGAGUAUCAUUUGUUAUAAAAACAGGUAUGGUACUGAUUUUUGAACAUCGUAUUGUACAUGAAGGAACAGCAGUAAAACAAGGACGAAAAUAUACUAUGAGAACAGAUGUUAUGUAUCGACCAAUAAAAAACAAUUCAUAA